AUGUCCGUUGCGACGGGAGAGAGGACAUUGUGCUGCUACUCGAACGUGAAUCUGCCCGUUUGGCACACGAGAAACCGCGACGUUGCGUCAUCCCAACUUGAAAUUACCUUCAGCGUUCAGGAAGCACCUUUCCGACCUUCUCCAUGCUCUCGGAGCUGUAGAACACAUACCAUAUCCGCCAGAAUGGACGAGAAGCAGGCACCCGGGAGGCCUAGUGGGAUUCCUCGCAUGUCCCGUCUGCCUCUUCCAAGAACAGCAGCUUCAGCUCCAGCUCCAGCUCCAGCUCCCGCUGUUCGACCAUCUCCAUCGCGAGAAGGCCUGAACUCGAGUAUACGAAAUCCUCGCCUCCGCCCAGCUGCUUCACGAGACCAAUUGGCCUCAGCCGCUGCUCUCAAGCAAACGGAGCCUCGCAGCCUUCCUACGAGACCGAAACGCGAAAUUCAGCCUCCAGCCACGAGAAAGACAGAACUGAGAGCUCCCGCUGCUACGCUGAGAUCUUCCCGAAGCGUGCCUCGACUGCAACCAAAAGAAUCGAUAAUCCAGAAACCCCCUACACCCCCAGAAGAACCCCAACGGUCAUUCACUCCUCGCUCGACAAGCGUUACGCGAAGCCCGUCCGAGGACAAUGUCGCUACCCCAAGCUCGAGUCGUCUGGGCGAUCCGAUUACCCUGACCAAAGACACGAGCAGCCCACAAGUCGCCGAUGAUGAUGCCGAGCCUGAUCUUCCAGACUUUGACACGCUGAGAACGACACCAUUCAGACCUCGUCCGUCCCUUUCCGAACGAACCAUCGAGACCCUUCAGCAACUACAAUCUUCCCCUUCUCUAAGCAAAAAGACGUCCACAUUCUUCGACCCAGAUGGCACUAUGCGGCCCCGCUCACGCGCCGGCAGCGGCCACUCGAGACCUGGCUCAAGCUACACCUCCGAUGGCUCCGUGCGGCCCACGUCCCGGCACAGCAGACCAGGUUCGAGCUCUGGUGCUGAAGAGAACCCAUUUGCUAAUGCUCGACCGGCUGCGAACGCGUACCGACCUCUUGGCGCCAUUGAGGGCACCCCAGCUCGCCGUGUAUCUAGCAUCCGUUCCCUACGAGCACCAUCACUGAGAGCUACACCCCAGUCGUCACCUUCUGGACCGUCGACUACUUCGGCGAUACAAGUCACCCAAAGUCCCAGCCCAACGAGACCAACUGGCAUUAUGGCACCACCACCACCCAAAGCUGGAGCAAAGACGCUGGCUGCUCGCCCUCUCAAGCCCCGCGCCUCGGUUCAAGGACUUUACAAGAAGCCUUCCCUGCCAACAAUGGCCCAGCCAGCUCCAACGGCGUCUGUUGCUUCGCCGCAGCCCAAGAAAUUGACACCGUCCAAGUCUUAUGGAUCUCUACGAAGGCCUGGACCGUCAAAGAUUGGUGCUCCACCUCCUGCUACUUCAAAGGAUGCUGAAGAAUUUGGAGAAAAUCCAGCGGCAAAGUCCUCCAACGCUCUGCGAGAACAAAUUGCCAAGGCCCGGGCAGCCAAGCGCGCUGCAGACAGACAAGCUGCGGAGGCAGCAUCGGCUCCAAGCGCAGCGCCGGUUGCAGAGUCUUCUGCGCUAGCCCAGUCUGAACCACCCAUCAUCCCACAGGACGACGGGUUCGACUUUGGCAUCGCUGUCACGCAAGACCCUUUCAACACUCAGAGAUCGGAGAACUCUCAGAAGAAGGUCAUUCAACAGCGGCUCGGCACUGCCCGCAGCAGUGGCAGACUCAACAUCGCGGCCAUGGGCCUCAAGGAGAUCCCGGUCGAGGUUCUCAAGAUGUACGAUUCAGAGUCCAUGGGCACUUACGAUGGCUCAUGGGCUGAGACUGUCGAUCUGACUCGCUUCGUAGCUGCGGAUAACGAGCUGGAGACUAUCGAUGACUCCAUCUUCCCAGAUGUCACAGCAGAGGAGAUGGCACAGGAUGAGGACUCGAACGGCAACAUCUUUGGCGGCUUAGAGGCGAUGGACUUGCACGGCAAUUCGCUAAUCUCUUUGCCAAUGGGAUUGAGACAGCUUCCUCUGCUCACAUCGCUCAACUUGUCGCAAAAUCGACUCGCAAACAACUGCCUCGAAGUCAUCACCCAGGUCAAGGCCCUCCGAGACUUGAAGCUCGCCAAUAAUCUUCUUUACGGACCCCUCGAUCCCAUCUUCUCGAACCUCGAGAACCUCGAGAUCUUCGACCUUCACGGAAACAACGUAUCAUCGCUUCCACCUGGCAUCGAAAGUCUAUCGAGGCUGCGCGUUCUUAACUUGAGCGAGAACAGCUUCGAAUCCCUGCCUUUUGCGAGUCUGUCCAAGCUCCCACUGACGGAACUGCUGGUGAAGAAGAACAAGCUCACGGGAACGCUGAUUGAAGAUGGGGCCGAGUCCCUCCCAACCCUUCAGAUGCUCGACCUAUCCUGUAACCAGUUGACACGCUUGGUACCUUCAGGAUCAGUCAUCAAUCUGCCUGUCGUCCAUCAACUCAUCAUCUCGAUGAACCGCAUACAAGAGCUACCCGAUGUCAGCUCUUGGUGCAGCCUCAUGACCCUGAACGCCGACGAGAACGCUAUUUCCGAGUUUCCCAAUGGUUUCACCGCUCUUGAGAAGCUUAGGCAUGUUGACUUUUCUGCCAAUGACAUUCGCGUGGUACCACCCGAGAUUAGCAGGAUGGAUAACUUGACCAUGAUUCGGCUCGCUGGCAACCCGUUGCGCGACAAGAAGUUUGUUUCUGCCACCACAGAAGAGUUGAAGGAAGUCCUCGCCGGCAGGCUUGAGCCGCCUCCGCCCUUCAAGGAGGAGGAUACCGCUGUGCCCGACGAGGCACACCUCGACGAACCCCAUAGCAUCCAACCAGACACUACUCCCGCACCUACAGUCGAAGCUAUAGUUCGCGAUAACCACUCGGACGAGGACGACUUCGCUACCCCUCCCACCUCUUCGCCGACAUCACCAGCACGAGCGCGUUCGCAGACGCUAGCCAAUGAGACAUGGCCUGUCAAGCAAGGUGUUCUGGACCGAUCAAAUACCAAAUCAGCUUCGUUGCAUCCUGUGGUGUGUUCCAAGGUCGCGGCCGACAACAAGGUCAUUGAGAUCCAGUUGCGUCACAACCUUUUCACCUGCUUCCCGAAUUCACUGUCCUUCUUCGCCGAUUCUCUUGCCGCCCUGUCUCUUGCGCAUAACCAACUGGUCGGCGAAUCUUAUUUGACAGAGGAGCUUGACUUGCCGGCCCUGCGUGAGCUGAACCUCGUCAGCAACCACAUCACCAGCCUUUCGCCGUUGACCACGCACUUGGUUGCCCCGCAGCUAGAAAAGAUGGACGUUUCGUUGAAUCGCAUCACUGCCCUUCCGCCUGACUUGCGCUCAGUUUUCCCCAGGCUCGUCGUCCUUUUGGCAGCAAACAACCACUUGAUCGAGCUUGACCCAGACACCAUUAAGGGCAUGGAGGUUGUCGAUGCUGGUAAUAACGACAUUGCACACUUGAACCCGAGACUUGGCCUUCUAGGUGGCACUGGCGGGCUCAAGCGUCUAGAGGUCGCUGGCAAUCGCUUCAGAGUUCCUAGGUGGAACGUUCUUGAACGGGGUACGGACGCUACCCUGCGGUGGCUAAGAGGGCGGGUGCCAGUAGCGGAGAUGGCAUCGUGGAAGGUCAGCGAGGGUGACACUGGCAACACUUCCGACACCAGCCUCGAUGAUGUAGAUUAA